UGUCAUAUAAAAAAACAGCAAUUUUUCAUACCUAACAAAUGAAAAUUUACUUUAUAGUAAAUAUUUUCUGGCUUCGGCUUAUUUUGAAAACUUAUUAUUACACGACCGUAUUAUAUUAAGGUUGAUAUUUUAAAUCAAGAGUUAAAAUGGCUAUGAGAAAGAGAAGCGGAUCUGGGUCCAAAAGACACUUGAAAGAGAAAGUGGUGCAAAUAUAUGAGUCGUUUUUCAAAGGUGAAGACCUUACAAGUAGUAAUCCAACAUUUUGGGAUGAGUUCUUUCUUUUAAAACCCAAGAUUCCACAGUUAGAAGCUGAAAUGCAAAAACUGACAGCCGAACAGAUGGUAAACAUGAAAGAGAAUAUUAAUUUACUUGUCAGUCAGUGUAUUGAAAUGCUAGGCCAGGAACAUCACAUCAGAUUAGUUUAUGCCCUUCAAACAUUUAGUGCAAUAUUAACAACUAUUUAUGACAGAGUGAGACAAGAUGCAAGUAUAAAUAUGAAACAUGUGUUAUUAGGAACUGACAAUGCAAAUAUAAGGAUGCAAAAACUUCUAGAACAUUGCAGUACUAUUCUGUCAGGUGAUGUUCCCGAGAGUUUGAAGUCCAUGGUUCUGAAGCUGCUACUGAUUAUAGCUACAGGAGUUGACAAUAUAGAUGACAAUCCUCUUGUUGAGUACCUUAUGCAGAAUUCACUAUUUGAACCAUUGGUACAACUACUGUGUACAUCAACAGAAAGGCAACAACAUGGUUAUGAUGUUGUGCUGCUACUCAUGUUCCUGGUGAACUAUAAGAAACAAGAAUCUGCUAAUCCUUACAUUGUGAAGCUGUCAAUACUUGAUGAUGAAUUAGCACUUAAUGGAUAUGGUCAAGUGAUAACAGCUGCACUAAAUGACUUUGUGAUGUCCACGUUUGGGGGCAUGCAGGGCAGUGGCGGGGGCUGGCUGUCCUCCAUCACGAGUAUGGUCGGUGGGAUCUUCUUGAGCAAUGACGAAACACAAGUUGUGAGGGGUCAGAGAAAUGGAGGCGGCGAAGAAGGCAUGCUGCUGGCGCUGUACGAAGCGGCGCACCUCAACCGCAACUUUAUGACGACGCUGGCGCAUUCCUCUGCGGCUGCGUCGUCCGCGCCCCCAUCCCCGCCCGCCACGCUGCCGCCGCACCAGACUCCACCUAAUUUGGCCCAGAUACAAGCGCUGGAUAACGAACAGCCGACGAAUUUGUUGGUUACAUUCUUUCAAUAUUGUUCCAUCGUAAUGGCUGACACGAGGACAGAAGCGAGCAUAAACAAGUGCAGUCUCUGCUUCAUAACCCUCACCUGUUUGGUAGAAGAACAAUUCGCCAACUCUAUUAUGCACGACCAAAAUUUGACUUUCAAGGUUCAACUAUACAGACUACCGAUGCGACACAGAAAAAUAUUGCCCGAGGAACCACCAUCGCAGCCGCUUGCUUCCACAUUAAUAGAUCUACUCGUGGAGUUCAUAAUGUGUCAUCUUCUGAAACGAUUCCCCGGGGAACUAUACUCCCUGUGUAACGGAGUUCUACUCCGUCUGCUGGGCUACCAGAAACGCUGCAGGGUGCGACUGGCUCGGGACUGGCGGCCAUUGUGGGCGGCGCUAAUCGCGUUACUCAAGUUCUUAGUGGCCAAUGAGACAACUUUACUGAAGAGACACAAUAUAUUCGUUAUGGCCCAGCAGGUUGUGAACAUAUUCAAUUUGUUCAUCACAUUUGGUGACACGUUCCUGCCGACGCCGGCGUCCUACGAUCAGCUCUAUUAUGAGCUCAUAAGAAUGCACCAAGUUUUUGACAACUUGUUCUUCAUGGCAUUACGCUACUCUACGGGCGACAGCGAGUACAAGGCGGACGCGCUGCGACUCGCGAACAGCCUGGUGAACGUGCGCGCGAUCAUACAACACUUCUCGCCCAAGAUCGACGCCUGGCUCGCCUUCAACAACCUCUCCACGCCCUCCGAGGACCAGAUUCUGGAGGUGGUGCGUAAGAACUACGACAGUUUAAUUCUCAAGCUGCAAGAAGGUUUAGAGGCGUACGAUCGUUACUCGGAGCGACCUCACGCAGCGUUACUAGCGCGGCUGGUGCGCGGAGCCGGGCUCAACGCGCGCGCCGCUAGCGACGCUGCCGCCCUACACCGACACUCAGCCGCGCUCCUGUCACACUACACCACCUUGGCAUAAUGCGCAGGUAGAAUAAAAAAGUAUAAAUGUCAUUGUCAAGAUUGGAUAAAAAUGCCGCCAAAACAAAGUGCGCGCCGCCAGCGAUGCCUACAGUCACCACGCUGGCAUAGUGCGUGGCUGCGGUAUGAAUAAAAAAGUAUAUAGACCGACAAGGCUUUAAAUGAACGUGGCGAAAAAAGGAAUUAAGCCGCCAUCAUACAAAAACACAAUUUUUGACAUGUUUUUGACAGUUCUCCUUUACCGGCAGCGCCCCCGCCUACGUUCAUUCAAAUCCUUGUCGGUCUUUAACGUCAUUUUAAGGUAUGUCACGACAUAUCUAUUUCCAUAGAAACACGGCAUUAUAUAUUCAUUUACUUAU